AUGCCGAAUACCAAUAAUACCGUCGGUAUGACUACCCAUUCCCGCGCGAAUGAACCUAAGAAUGAUGGCGAACAGGAUGAAGGAAAUUUGAACGUCAUGGGUACUGCACAACAGAACGAAAAUGCACAAAGUGCUGUGCGACUAACCGAGAAAAAUUCGCAGCACGAUAUAUUCGCCAAUGGAGGGACACUAGGUGAACGAAAUAAUUCGGAAAAAACUUCGCAAAAUGGAUCGAACGUCGAGAGCGUGAAUGCAGUCGAUACGAACGCUAUGCUCAAUACGCUGAUGGUGCAAAAUAAUAUGCUCAUGGAGUUAUUAAAAUUGCAACAGAAUAAACCACUCAACGACAUAACCAUUGCUCCGGAUUUAAAUAAGUCGAUACCGGUUUUCAAUGGUCUUAACACUGGUUAUCAAGCGUUAGACUGGUUGAGGACUGUGAAUGGAGUUGCCAAUUUACAUCGGUGGCCCGAUAAUUUUAAGUUACAAUCCGUACGAGCAAACUUAGACGGUGCAGCCCGACAUUGGUAUGCGUCACGCGACAUCGAAAACUGGCCGGAUUUCGAAAGACAAUUUCACAAAACAUUUGUUGGUACCGUUAUGACCGGUGACCGGUGGAAAAAAAUGUCCCGUCGUGUUCAAGUUCGAAAUAAAAACAUCCACGAGUACUUCCACGAAAAAGUACAUCUUUGUAAGAUGGUUGGAAUGUCUUUCCAUGAAAUGAAGAUACAGAUAUUAGAAGGCUUAUAUUCUAAAGAUUUGUGUGUUUACUUAUUAAGUCGUAAUCACAGAGACGAAGACGAAUUGUUAAGCGACGUAGUCGAAUAUGGACGCUUGGAUGCGUCACGUUCGAGUCGCAUUCGUCAUACAAUUAUCGACGCUAAGGAAAAGGACACGUACAAAACAGGUGUAACGCGAUCAACUGUUGUAGCUACACCGAAGAAAGAUCAGACAAAAACUGUAACAACCGGAACACUAACUACGCGCUCGUGUUAUAAUUGUGGCUCGAUAGACCACAUUUCGCCGCAAUGUCCAAAGCCGAGAAGGGAGAAGGGCGCGUGCUACGAAUGCGCGGCGACAGAUCAUCAAAUAGGAACCUGCCCUACACGUAAGAAACGAUUCGGUGAUGACGGAAAAUCGAGGUCGGCUGGGCUGAUGAAUAUUGACGUGGAGGGCGACAGUGGGCCAACAGACGAGUACCCGAUGCCGUAUGAAGUUCGGUGCGAAUACAAUGUACCAGUGGAGGGAGAGGAGUGUCAUGUCAGAUUCAACGCGGUGGUCGACACAGGAAGUCCGGUGAACGAGAAUGAGACCGUGAAAGAGACAGUCGAUAAUUGGAACGAAAUAUUAUGUAUUGAUUUUAACUCAGACGUAAACGUGUGUACAGAUACGGUGAACGUAAAUCCCGAUUUAGACUGUGAUGUAAAUGAUAAAUUUAUUAAAAUUUAUAACGUUGAAUACCUAGCGCGAAUAAAUGUAGAACCACAUAGUGAUAAUAAUUGCAAUUUUGAAAUAGUGUUGAAACACGAACAACCUAUAUCUUUUAGGUCGAGAAGGUUGUCGUAUAGCGAGCAAGGUAGUUUACGUAAUAUUAUCGACGAAUUGUUAUCCGAAAACAUAAUAAGACCAAGUAAUAGCCCCUAUAGUAGUCCGAUUGUAUUAGUGAAAAAAAAAAAUAAAAGUUUCAGGCUGUGUGUUGAUUAUCGAGAGAUUAACAAAAUUACGGUUAAAGAUAAUUUUCCGGCGCCUUUAAUAGAUGAUCAAUUAGACCGUUUAAAAGGGAAAAACAUAUUUACUUCGUUAGAUUUGAAAAAUGGUUUUCAUCAUGUACGCAUGAACGAAGCUUCUAUUCCAUAUACGUCAUUUGCCUAA